AUGACGGGCGGUGCCCUCCAGCCCCGCGCUGCCGCCGCCACCAUGAGCUUCGCCGCGCUGCUGCGGCUCCGCGGGCCGCGGCUGCUCCGGGCCGUCCUCCACCCGCAGCGCUGGAGCCGGCGGAGCGGCGGCGGCUGCGAGCCUCCGGCGGGCGCCGCGGUGCGCAUCGGCUGCGCCUCGGGCUUCUGGGGGGACACGGCGGCCGCGGUGCCGCAGCUGCUGUACGGCGGGAAGCUGGACUUCCUCGUCUUCGAUUACCUCUCCGAGAUCACCAUGUCGCUGCUGGCGGCUGCCAAAGCCCGCUCUCCCGUGCUGGGUUACGCUCCGGAUUUCAUCUCCGCUGCCAUGGCUCCGUACAUAAAAGAUAUUCACAGGAAAGGUGUUCGUGUCAUCAGUAACGCGGGUGGGAUCAACCCUCUGGCUUGUGCGGCCGCUCUGCAGGAGGUGGCAGAGAAGGCAGACGUUGAUUUGAAAAUAGCUGUUAUUACUGGAGAUGACCUAAUGAGUGAGAAAGAGAACCUAAGAGGAGCUGGCAUCAUUGAUUUGGAGAGUGGCAAACCAUUUCCAGAGAGUGUUCAUAGCAUGAACGUGUAUCUUGGGGCAAGACCAGUAAGCAGAGCUCUUGACCUUGGGGCUGACGUUGUAAUCACUGGUAGAUGCGUCGACAGCGGGAUUGUAUUAGGGCCGCUCAUUCAUUCUUUUGGCUGGAAUAGGGAUGAAUUUGACUUGCUAGCUGCAGGAAGCCUUGCAGGUCAUCUUAUUGAAUGUGGUGCUCAGUGUACUGGUGGAAUAUUCACUGACUGGCAUUUGGUACCAGACUGGCACAACAUAGGCUUUCCCAUUGUAGAGUGCUCUUCUGAAGGAGACUUCAUUAUUUCCAAACCACCGGACACAGGGGGGCUGAUCUCCUUUGGCACUGUGGCUGAACAGCUGGUGUAUGAAGUGGGCAAUCCUCAGCGCUACCUUUUACCAGAUGUCACCUGUGACUUUUCUCAAGUUUCCAUCACUGAAAUUCCAGGUUUUGAAGGUGGUGCAGUGAAAGUUCAUGGAGCGAAAGGAUCCCCUCCUUCAGCGUUUUAUAAGGUAAGUGCCACUUACCUUGAUGGUUUCAGAGCUACUGCUGUCUGUCCGGUGGGAGGUCCGAAGGCUGUACAAAAGGGAAAACUCACUGCAGAAAGUAUUCUCAAAAGGACACGUCUCAUUUUCAGUCAGCUUGGGUACGAAGAUUACAGUGCAGUUAACAUACAAGUUUUAGGGUCUGAAGAUACAUAUGGGCCGCACGCUAGAAGGAGUAUAGAUGGUGGUCCUCGAGAAGCUGUUAUUUGGCUUGCAGUACAUCAUAAGCAAAAAGAAGCUUUAGAAAUCUUCUCCAAAGAGAUUGCACCAGCUGGAACUGGCAUGGCACCUGGCCUCACUGGAGUUAUUGGAGGGCGCCCUAGAAUAUCUCCAGUUUUGAAGCCAUUUUUCUUCCAUUAUCCAAAGAGCAAUGUCCAGAUCAACUUAUUUCUAAAUGGUCAGUAUGUUGAGACAUUUGAGGAGGAUCUCACGUUUACAUCAGAUGAGGCUGUUUCCUUUGAUCCACCCAAGAUUAAUGCUGAAUUGAAAGAUCUGCCAAGUGGUCACCAUACCUACCGCCUAGAGGAUCUUGCCUACACUAGAAGUGGAGACAAAGGCAACUCUGCAAACAUAGGUGUCAUAGCACGGCAUCCUUUGUAUUAUCCAUAUCUAAAGAAAACUUUAACUGCUCAAGCCUUGGAGAACUACUUUGAACACCUUUUAGAGCGAGAAAAACCUGAAGAAGAGCUGGUAUCAAGAUAUGAAUUGCCAGGAAUCCAUGCAUUAAAUUUUGUUUUGAGGAAUUCCCUUGGUGGUGGUGGUGUAGCAUCCCUAAGGAGUGACCCACAGGCAUGUAUUGAUGGCAAAGCACUUGGGCAGAUGCUGCUGGAUUUCCAGAUUAAAAAUGUUCCUGAUUUAAAAUCAUUGAUAGAGUAACAGGUGCUUGAUACAUAUGUUUUUGUAACACUUUUGAGUAAUAUAAAAAUGUCAUAAGGAAGAA